AUACCCCACAAGAAACGGUUGAUGCCAUCAUUUCAGAUUUGACCUUGGCUGGAUUCCACUGCUACGAAACGUCGGUUGGAGGACCCGGACUGUAUCAGACUGGCGAUGGAUGUAAAAAAAGUAGCAAGUUAAUCCGGAGUUUUAAUAAUAAUCAUAAUAUAUUCGUGCUGCCACCCAAUUGUCGGUUGUUCGCCAUAGCGCUUGUUACCUGUAUAUUUUAAAAUAGUACCGACAUGGGUGACAUCCUGAAAGACGUACCUGAAUUCUUUGAGAAUGAAUUGGGAGAAUCCAUCAUCUCGAGAACAGAUGCCCUUGGUACCUUUCGUGAGCUUGGACCUCCCGAUUUAUGCCACAUCAUUAAGGCCAACGUCAAGCCUGGUGUUAGAGAGUUGGGCAGUUACCAUUAUGUUUCAGGCGUCGACGCUUCGUCUUCAGCUACACUUGCAGCUUAUUUGAACUCUCUGACUUACUCAUUGGACGAAUCUCAAUCAUGGUUCUCCAAAUCAAACGCAUGGCGUAUUCGCUCUGGUAUCUAUUGCUGCUUCAAUGCAUUCUCACGCGUCGAUGUUCGAGUUGAGGUCAAAAUUCCCGGUGGAGUAGAAAGCUAUGUGGUUGACACGAACGGCGAACGUCACGAAGCGACUGCCGCCAUCUGGCAGGAGACCUUUUUGUCUGCCUUGUUGAGAGCUAUUUUGUAUUCCGACGACAGCUAUUACCGAUUAGCAGGUUAUAGAAAGAUCGACCCUAUUACUAGCUUGUCUGCUGAGGCCAAGUUUUUGGAGGCCGCAGAAAGUCUCUUCUGGCAAGGCUGGCAAUUGGGAAGCAAACCAGAAAUUCAGGUCGCCACUUCAACCAAUAAUCAUUUGACCAAUGCUAUCAUGAAGUACUUUGGCGAUAGCUUCCGCUACGGACCAGCCAUCACUCUAUUUGAAAAACUGUACCAGAAAGAUCCUGAAGUUGCCGCUCUCCUAGCACAAUCUUAUAUUGGACAAAACGAAGAAAUCAAGGCCGUUCAAAUUUUGUACGAAGCAUUGAAAUCGGCUCCAAUGAGCUAUGCAUUAUUGCAUGCUCAGAUCGACUUUUUGCGUAGCAAGGGAAAAUACGAUGUAGCUCUUAAGCUUGCCAAGCAUGCCGUGAACAAUACCCCAUCAGAGUUCCUUACCUGGGCAAAACUGACAGAAGUUUAUAUUGAUUUGGAAGACUACAAGAGUGCUUUGCUCACAUUGAAUUCAUGCCCCAUGUUUACCUACAGCGAGCGCGAUAUGCACCGCAUGCCAUCACCAGCCAAGACACAUUUGCCUAUCAAGCCUGAAAUUAUUAGCUCUGGUGUUAUGGAGGACGAUAAUGUAGGAAGAGACUCUGAGGCUGACCCUAGCUUGCUCCGCUUGCCCGCCCCAGCCUUGCACGGCACAUUUGCAAAGGCCUAUUCGCUCCUCACACGACUUGCUACCAAGGUUGGUUGGGAUGAGUUGCUUCGAUUUAGAUCUGCUGUAUUUGUGAUGGAAGAAGAAUAUCGCAUGCAGAAGGCUCAGGAGGAAAAGAGAAAGACGGAUGUCCCUACUCACAACGAAGCAGACAAACCCCAUUCAGAGACUCCGACCCAGUCAUCCGAAGAGACCAAAGAUGCAACAGACGAAACAAACGGGGAAUCUAAGGCGGAAGAUGACAACGAAACUGCACAAAUUGCUGAAAAGCUGGAAGAUGUGGCUUUGGAUGAAUCUGAACCCAGUAGUAAGCCCAUCGAAGUCCCACACGAACAACUUGAAAAGCCUCAGCAAGCAGCUGAAGAUCCAAAGGAAAAGGCUGCAGAAGGCAAUGCUCAAACUGUGCAAGAUUACAGCUUCUCCUUCAGUAAUAAGCGACUUUGUGAGCGCUGGUUGGACAACUUGUUUAUGGUCUUGUAUGAAGAUCUCCGCGUCUACACAUUCUGGCGAACCGAAGCUGCUCACUACAGACAGCAGCACAUGCCAUACCGCAAGACUGGCACGGAAUGGGAAAUCCUUGGCGAUCUUGGACUCCGUCUCUGGCAUGAAAACGAAGCAAAAGAAGCCUUUGAGCAAUGUCUUGAUCACAAAUUCUCUGCCAAGGCAUGGAUGCGAUUGUUGGAGAUAUACGCCAAGGAAGGCAAUGUUCAAAAAGCUCUGUUGGCGGCUGUCAAGCUCACUGUAUACCAUGAGCGCUGGUACCAUGAGAUUGUUUACCCUACCGACAUUGCUUGCAACUUGAACAAACUAAUUCGAAUGGAAGGUCUUUCCAAGAUGCAAAAUAUGCUGACCUCCAUGAACUUGCCCAAGCCUGUGCAAAGACUCAUGACACGUUAUUUUGAUUAUGGUGAGCUCUUCCAGGUCGAAGGCUACGAAUUUUAGACGUGCGGUGCGGUCAAGUACAC